AUGGCUCAAGAACCACCUAACACGCACCUCAAUAAGCUUCAAGUGUCACUCGAAUCAAGCUUUGCUCAGAUCGAUAGCCGAGUAGCUACUUCUUCUAUCUCUACAAACGAAGCAAAAACAACCACUGAGUUCUCUACCUCAACUAUCCCCACAUCCUCACAAUCAUCUGGACCAGGAAAAAAUGGAUCAAGCGUCGAUCAGACUAGUGUAUACAAUGAGAUAACCAAAGAAGAAAGCAGUAUGUAUACCGAAAACGAUGUCAAUGAAUCAUCAGAGAAUCAAGGAAACUUUCUGUUGACCAAGAAACAGUUGAGGAUCAUGUUUAUCAAAAGAUUCGGCUUCAUCAUAGUAGUCGAUGCUCUUCUUCCGAUCGGCCUUUACUAUAUAUUAAAGAGCCACAUGUUGGCUGUUUGGGCACUUGUCGUCUCAACUGCACCGGUUGUUGCCUCUGUAAUUAUACAAGCAAUAUUUUUACGAAGAAUUGAUCCCAUAGGACUGGCAGUAGUCUUUGGUUUCAUUCUUUCUGUUAUUCUUGCUGUGGUUGACAAAGAUCCAAAGUUGCUUUUAAUGAGAGAGUCAUUUGUGCUGGCUGGUGUUGGUGGUAUCUGUGCGCUUACUCUUAUACCCAUACGAUACAAAUCAUUUGAACUCAGGCCGUUCACAUAUUACAUUGCGAUCGACAUUAUCCCGAUGCGUCAGGUUACCUUCCAAGAUCCCGAUAAGGAACCUCAAAAAAGAAUCGCGUUUUAUUGGGUUAAUUCGCCCUUCUGCCGUUUCCACGUUCGUGUCUUGACAGCUGUUAUCAUUGUGUUCCUUGAGGCCGAGUUUGGUCUGAAGCUCUUUUACAUCUUUACAUUCGAUAUUGAUAAGAUUGUUAUCCUCAGUAAUUCAACAUUGCCUGCAAUUGCUAUCUCUGUAGCUGCCUUCGCAGGGUUCUAUAUUUACUGGAUCGGAAAGAAACUCCAAAAACUAGAGCCAGAGAUGAUGAAAGCUGCUGGAGCCAUACACUAA